UACGCAAGGAAAUCUAUGUUUCUACGCCGCAGUAGUGAGCGGCAACUUCGAGAAAUGAUAGAAAACGAAAUCUCUGUCAUCAAAUCUAUGCGCCAUCCACAUAUAGUCAGUAUCUACUGCACGUACCAAGAGAAGCAGCAGUAUUCUAUCGUUCUAGAGCCUCUAGCCCAGGCAGAUCUAGAAACUUGGUUGGAUCAACAAGACAAUACUACCGCGACUUCGAAGCUCUCCCCACUCCUGGAGAAAUGGAUCUUAUGUUUGGCAACGACAUUGGCAUUCAUGCAUGGCCACGGCGUUCGGCAUAAAGACAUCAAAACGAAAAACAUUCUAGUCCAAGGAACGCGGAUCGUAUAUUCGGACUUCGGGUCAAGCCGUGCGUUCUUGGGAGAGAAUGCAGCCUCUACGGAAGGGCCUGCGUAUGGCCACACUCGAAUGUAUAGCGCGCCGGAAGUCAUUGCAUGGGAGCGUAGAAACACGUCUGCGGAUGUGUUCUCCUUAGGUUGCGUCUUGACCGAAAUUGUGAGUGUGCUU